UCUCGGGUGUAAAAGGAUUUAAAACCCCAAUUCAUUCAUUCAUUUAUUAAUUCCUUUUUACAUUUUUUUUUUGAAAAAGAUUAAUUCCUUUUUACUUUUACAUAAGAAAUAUGAAAAAAUCUCUUGCAUUGAUAUUCUUAUUAAACUUUCUUCUACUGAUGGUGGUACACGUUCCGGCAAACGAAGCGGUAAGGUUUUUACCAAAAGAGCGUCUUGGCAAUUUACAGUUUCUACAAAAAGGUGAAGUCACUCCUUCUAAUCCUUCUAGCUGCACACAUAUCCCUGGCGGCCACGGUCCGCCGUGCCCUUUCCAAGAACGCCAUUUCGCUGGCCGCGCCGCAGUGCUACAACAAUGACAUGAAUUUAUCCAACUCGUACAACCAUGUUCAUAGCUACACCUGCUCAUAAUUUAGUGA